GCCUUCUAACUGGUCUAUAUCUGUCAGUGACAACGGCUGGACUAAUAAUGAGCUUAGAGUCGCGUGGUUGAAGCAUUUCAACUCGCAUACAAAGAAUAUGACGGUAGAGUCACGUAGGCUACUGAUCCUGGACAGCCAUGAGAGCCACGACUCGUUCGAAUUCCGCGAGCUCUGCGAGGAGUAUAAGAUAAUUACUCUCUAUAUACCUCCACAUUCGUGGCACCUCCUCCAGCCGCUUAAUGUGGGCCUUUUCUCGCCUAUGAAGCGAGCGUAUAAGGCGGGGAUCUUAGACUUAGCACGCCAACGCGUUAACUAUAUCGACAAGGUUGCGUUCCUAAGCAACUUCAAGGACGUGUUUGGACGCGUUUUUACGAGCGCCAAUAUAUAAUCAAGCUUUAAAGCAGCUAGGCUAGUCCUAAUCGACCCAAACGUUGUUCUGUCGAAGCUUGAUGUCCGCCUGAGGACCCCUUCAGAGAGUGCCCUAUCUUCACCUACCUGGGUAUCCAAAACCCCGAGCAAUACUGUGGAGAUGAGCGCUCAAUCGAAGCUGGUUUAAGAGAGUAUUUGAAAGCACCAGAAUUCGUCGCCUACGCACAUUGUUUUGUCGCUUGAUAAGCUAGCAAAGGGUGUGGAGGUGAUAGCGCAUGGAGCAGCGCUGCUUAAGGUUAAAAUCACUAAGCUC